CUUUCCCUUCUCUGAGGAGGAGGCGUAGCUGCCCUGUGGGUACGGAGUGGGCAUUCCUCCCCGGGGCCAUGAGCUGAAGUGUGGAAGGGGUCCUACGCCGAGCCGAGCUGGGAUCAAAAGAUUCACAGGUGCGGUGAACCCGAAUUCCUUGAGUCCUCUGCAUGCAAGGCCAUGGCUCAGAAGAGCCCCACAAUCAAUGGCAACAACCUGCCCUUUGGAGACCUGGCCUCCGAGGUGACCAGACGCAGAGUCACCAUGGCCACCAGAAAAGAGCGAUUUACUAAGAAAAACGAUGAAGCCAGGGCGAUAUCCUCCACUCUGGAUCUGGAGCAAGUCCCUUCUAGUGUGGCCGGCCCUACAGAACCUCCGGCUCCUCCUCCUUCACCAGUAGAAGACUGCAGAAUCUAAGUGGGCUUCUAUAUCAUUCUAGCAAAGUUCCCCUGAUGUCUUUGGGGGUGUCUUUGAAGACAGUCUUGAAACAUCUUUCUUCUUUCCUAUUUUUCUUGUCAAUCACUGCUGAGUGUUGUUUAUCCUCACUAGUGCAUGUAGAGCCAUCUUUGGUCGUUCAA